AUGUCCUGGCCCUACCGCAUCAAAUUUCCCACUCCGGAAGAGAGAAUCCAAAGUCGUAUUCUCCUCGAUCGAUAUGGUCUCUACGCCCAAAUGUCCAUUUUCAUCCCCAUCAUCCUGUAUAAUGUCUAUCGAUUAGCAAUAUGGGUUUAUUUCGAGCGUCAACGAUCGAAAGUCGAUUACAACGCUCUUCCUAGUUCUCCCACAUCGAAGAAGAAGAGGAGUUCGAGGAGCGCGGAGUGGAAACGACAGAUCAGAAGCGUAGUGUGGUGGUUGGGCGGGGAAGUGGCACCGGGUCGGGGUGAGAGGGGCCAGUGGAUUAUGGCGGGGUUGUGGGGGGCUUGGUUGGGAUUUUUGUGUGUGCAUAGGACGGGUGAUGAUUACUUUCACAUAACCAAGCGAUUUGGUAUAGUUGCAGCAUCACAAUUCCCUGCUCACUAUGCACUAUCCAUGAAGUCUUUAUAUUCACCACUCUCCGUAUUAUUUAAAUCAUCUCAUGAACAGCUCAACACCUGGCACCGAAUAUCCGGCCGAGUCAUAUGGACUCUUCUUGCCUGCCAUGCCAGCUGGUAUAUAAACGCUUGGGUUCAGAUUGAAGUUGUAUACAUGAAAAUCACAACACCUAUAAUCAUCUACGGUAUACUUUCUUUCUGGCUCAUCAAUCUCCUCAUUAUCACGAGUUUACCAAUUGUUCGUCGUCGGUCUUACCGGGUUUUCUUCAUCAUUCAUCUUUUUGUCGCCAUCGCCAUAGUUCCUCUUCUAUUCUUCCAUGCUACUGCUCUUCGUGUUUACAUACUCGAAGCAUUGGCUCUAUUUGUAAUCGACCUUGGUAUUCGCAAAUUCAACACCGUUAAAGCUUUCGCUAUCAUAAAACCAGUCCCAGAGACCUCACUUGUCGAAGUCACUAUCCCAGUUACACCUUCGAAAAUCUCUCAAUUUCAAUACGCUCCAGGUCAACACAUUUACCUAUCUAUUCCUCCAUCAUCCGUCCCAAAAUCUACAGAGUAUAAUCGUCAUCUCUAUGAAUUUCUCUACAAUCCGUUCACUGUUGCUUCCGUCUCAGAAACUCCUUCACCACAAAUCACUCUAACAAUGCGCACUCAAAAUGGACCCACUACAUCCGCUCUCUCUUCUCUUUCUCAUCUCAGCAAAGCUCGUCCGCCACUCAAAAUCGAAGGGCCCUAUGGAACCUCUCGCAAAUUCCCCAAUCUAGCCGAGAAAUUCGAUAGAGUAUUGCUCGUAGCCGGUGGCGUAGGCGCUACCUUUACUCUCCCCAUCUACCGAGCUGUAAAGCAAGAAAUGGAAAACGAAGGCAGAAUGAGUAGUAAUGUCAGAAUGAUCUGGGUAAUGCGAGACGCUGCGGAAUCCUCCUGGGCACUGUCUUCCUCCUCGCCUGAAAACGAAAACUCAGAAUCCAAAAUCGAAAAUAAUUCGGGAAUAGAAUUAUACAUUACUUCUCCUUCUUCCACAUCUACUUUUUCGUCAAGUGAACCCGGUAGUGUCGAAUUGCACAACUUGACAUCUUCACCGAGUAAUACGAAAUAUUCGAGACCGGAUUUGCGCGCGAUUGUAGAUGGAACUUUUUGUCAGGGAUUGGAGGAGAGAGUCGCGGUUCUGGUUUGUGGACCUGAGGGGAUGGCGAGGGAGUUGAGAACAUAUGUAGGCGAGUGGGUUGGGAAGGGGAGGGAGGUCUGGUGGCAUGAUGAGGGGUUUGGAUGGUAG